UGUGCACUGUACAGGUAACGCGCGCGUGCUUUGUGCACCACACGGAUUUAUUAUAACAGUAAUUUUUUCACCUGGGUCAGUUACACGUCACUAUGUUUUGGUGAUAUCCGCUUUCUGAGUAACAGCUGAUGAAAUAGAUCACAAUGUCGGUCGCUCCAUUAUAAUAUGCUGAUCGAUCCACUAUCCACAGUACGGUGCCAUAGGCAGACAGAAAUUAUUUAUUAAUGAUAUGUUGUGGACCGAAAUGACAUCAUUCCAAGACAUGGCGAUUGGCAGUGAUAGUGUAGAACCGCAUAUCGCUCAGACUCUAAAUGUGUGCCUGUCGCUUGGAGUGUGGGGGGUCUUCCCCAUCCUCGCCCCACGGGCAGUUUGAUAUAGACGACUACUACAGCCUCGCCCAGACGAUGGGUGACCGAGAGGAUGAGGACAACCCCACAACCCCCACCGAAGACGAUGUUUAUACCCAGCUGGCCCAGAAAGAGAGGGAUCUCACCCUCGCGGCGGAGUUAGGGAAAGCUUUGUUGGAGAAAAAUGCUGAAUUAGAGAGACGGAAUGAACUUUUAAUAGAGGAAUAUUCCAAAAAAUUGGAGGAACUUGAGCAAGAAAAGUAUGAAUUGCAUCUGAAAUUAGAAAAGACGGAAGCAGAAUAUGAGAACAAGAUAAAAGAGUUGCAGUAUGACAUCGACCAGAUCCGACAUGAUCUACAGUCACAGAUGUAUCAGAGCAGUUCCGACGACAAGGAGAAAGCAAACAUAAUCAAGGAUAUCACUCUCCAAAAUGAACGUCUCAAGGAAGACGUUCAAAGGGCGAUCUUUCGUGAAAAUGAACUUUCAUCAGAAGUUCAAGGCCUACGUGAGCAAGUGAUGUCAAGAAAGUCCUCCAUGCAUAUCCACCUCAGUCAGCUUGAGAUUCUACAAGAAGAGAUAUCUAUACUGAACCAGAGGAAGGCGGACCUGGAGAGGAGGAUUGCUGUGCUGUCAGAGGAGAAGGAGGCUAUGAAGGGUCGUCACGAGGACUCUGUGGAGAAAAUAAUGACGCUUGAAAAACAGAACAGAGAGAAAGAGCAACAGAUCCAACACCAGCAGAGGGACCUGAUUGAGCUGCAGGAGACCAAUCUACAACUGGAGGCUCAGCUCCACACCCUGGCCAGUCAGAACCUGUCACGUGGACAUGUACUGCAGAGUGAGCUGGCUGGCCAGGGAAAUGGCCACUCACAGUCUCUGUUUAGUGAAAUGUCAGGAAUGACCAAUCAAAGUAAUGGUCAAUCCAAUGAUAGCGGACACUCAACAUCACUGUUUGAGGAGUUGUCUGGUGCUUCCAAACAUAUACCUGUGGCUAACAUGAUGUUAGACGGAGAUGACAGCUGUAGCCUUCGUCCUAUGUCACUGUCACAGAUGAUGGAGGAAGAUGAUUUUGAGUGUGAUGACGAAGACACAGGUUUCAGUUACCAUGGCUCCGAUACUUCACCGCUCAGCUCCACCAUGUUGUCCGACUCAGCAUUCCUCUCACACUUUCAGAACUCGUCAUGUGUCAUGGACGUUGACUCUGAGACCCACACACAGCUCCAGGCUAUACUCAAGCUACAGGAUGAGUUAGUCCAGUCUUACCGACAGCUGAGACAGAUGUGCUCCGACUUUAGCCCUAUGAUCCCAAGGAGUCAAAGUUCAAUCCUGGAAGAAGAUGGACUACAGCCAGGCAAAUUAAGUGGUGUUUUACUGAACCUUAGGGAGCUGAUGCAGGAUAUGGUGCCACGCAAAGUUAUGUUUUCUGCUGCAUCCCAAGCUAACCUAGCUGAGGAUGAAGAUGAUAUCUCGUUGUCAGAGCUACAGAAACACAUUGGGGAGCUGAAGUUUGAGCUGUCUGAAGCCCAAGGUGACCUUGACCGAGUCAAGACAGAGUUAAAUGAGCGAGAUCAACAGCUGGAGACCAAGAGUCAGGAGCUCGGUCAGCUUACCAACAAGGUAAAGGUGUCAAUUCUAGAGUUGACCAGGCAGCACGAUGAAAUAACCCGAGCACAGACACACAGAGACCAGGUACAGAACAUGUCCGGGUGUGUCAUGUCCAGGGACGAGGUCAUUGAGCAGGCUCGGAGGGACCGAGAUGAGGCCGUAGAAAAACAAAACAAGAUGGAGAUAGAGUUGGCCAGGGCUAAGCUGGACCUUCUCAGUCUUAACAGUCAACUCAUGGAGACAAUCCAACAGAAAGUGGCACUGUCACAACAGCUCGACCAAUGGCAGGGCCGGGAAGAACAGGUUGACAUGGAGGAUUUACUUGGCUCUCAGAUGAAGAAACGAAUCCAGGAACAGUCGGAGAAGGAAAUCAUUGUGGACAAAUUAACUAAACAGAUCAAAAUGAGGAAAUCCAAAUCAAGCUCUUUCGUAUGAUGUCAGAUCCACCUUACUGUAUAGAAACUACCUAAAUGGUUCAGAUCAAAGGGGAGACAACCAAAUACCACCUUAACCUGACCAGUGAGACUCAUUAGGUCAGGUAACCUUGACCUGAGGAAAAUCCCAAACCAGUAGUGGACCUUAACAUUUGAAAGAAUAUGGUCUGUUGUUCUACACUCUCGUUAUUUGACCCUGACCUUUGAAAGGAAAGAGCUGUUGUGAUACAGCCUUGUAAUGUGACCUUGACCUUUAAACUUUGACACACAUGUUUAUGUUAGAAGGAUCGGUGGCUGGUUAUACAUUGUUAUUGCCGUACCUGGAUGUAUACGAGACACUACUGGUACACUAACUGGGGGAGACAGCUUUAUAAUGAAUCAUCAGAUUGUACUAUCUUUGAAGUGAUAUAGGUUGUACUGUUAAUCACACCAAGUGUUUUAGUGCUCCAUACAGGAGACUGACAGACAGGACAUUAAGGAUGCCAGACCAAUGUGAUCGCUCUCAAAAAAAAAAUCUUUGGUAUUCUUUUUGAUGUGACAUAAUCUCCUAUAGCUGUUGUAUUGCCCAGAUAUACAAAUGAGUACUACAAGUACUGGAAGUAAAAUUUGUGAUGGGCCAAUUCUAGCAUCAUUACUUGAACUGAUCUGUCUUCCAUGCUGUAACUCUCACCAGAUGUAUGUUAUCAUUUAUUCUGUAUAGUACAAUUACAGUACUUUUCAAAAGAAAUUAAUUAUUUUUUGGAAGACCUCACAAAUAGUUGCAUUUAAUGACUGUAUGCAGACCUGCAAUAUAUUGGAUAAAAUCCAAUUAUAGAUAUCUUGAUAGAACAGAACUGUACAGGUAUGAUUUUUAUGUGGAAAUAUGGGAUGAACUCUGACCUCUGAUGUAUAAAUUAGACAAUUUAAUUAAAGACAUUAUAUUGGACAUGUGAUGUCCACUAAAUGUGUGCUAUCAAAUACUGUAAACAUACUAAAUUUGGUGUAGUCACAUUUUAGCAUUAGCAAACAUAAACACAUAACAGAUUAGCGAAAUGAUGAAUUGGCGUGCCCACAUUAUUUGCUAUAGAAAUAGCACAGGUAUAUAAAAAAUAUAUUUGGGGAAAUGUUUUAGAUGCAAAUUAAAGAUGCUGAAAGAAGAUAACAAACCAGGAAGAUUUAUACAUCUACAGUAGACAACUUAUUUAUAGGCCUGUGUUUCUGUGGUAAUUAGCCCAUAUCUCUGUGGUAAUUAGCCCAUGUCUCUGUGGUAAUAAGCCCAUGUCUCCAUGGUAAUAAGCCCAUGUCUCUGUGGUAAUAAGCCCAUGUCUCUGUGGUAAUAAGCCCAUGUCUCCAUGGUAAUAAGCCCAUGUCUCUGUGGUAAUAAGCCCGUGUCUCCAUGGUAAUAAACCCAUGUCUCCAUGGUAAUAAGCCCAUCCAUAUCUAUUGCAUUUCAGUAAAAAUGCUGCCACAGGUGUCUGCAUCUGAUUAGUAAUGAUAGGAAAAUAUUAGCCUGUGAUACUUCAGUACCAAAUGGUAUUUCCAUGUCCUGCAAUUAGCCCAAACCUUUGAGUCAAAAUUCUUUAGAUAUUUAUCUUCAGGUAAAUACAGAAUUUCUUUAAAUCAAGCCUGUGAAGUCAUCUAUUAUAAAACAUGACAUCAUUCUGUUGUCACAUGUAACGCGUUGGUAUUCUGGGGCUUGUUGAUACAAAAUUUCCACACAAUAACUUUCUAGUGUGGAGUGAUCAUGACAACAUAAUCUUGGCCAUUUCACAAUUUGCUGAGCUCACAUGUCAAUCUGAUUAGCCAUUUCACAAUUUGCUGAGAUCAUGAAGAAUGCUGGAUUCACCUUAUAUUUCAUUAUUUUUGAUCAGACAUAAAAAUUUCUAAAUCAGUUUUGGUAGUUUAAAUAAACAAAAUGAUAAAAUAUAUGACAAAGAAUACAUAAAACUUGAUUAGGUCUUUUUGACAUGGUGACGCCUUAAUCACCCUUUCACCCUUGAUACUGUUGUCUAUCAUCACUCUCAUCAGGUAGAUGACAACAGACAGGCGAUCACAUCCAGGAGACACACAUGUCAGUUUUGGACUGGAGUCUCCAGUCACAUUUCAGUUAAUUUGGCAAUCUCCAGAUCAAAAUCAUCUCAAAAUGGUUACUUUGAAAAUCAUUUUCACCUACAUGAUACAAUUUAUACAUAAACAGUACAUGAAGUUGGUAAAAAAUUGAUUAAACAACAAAAUGAUUUAAUUAAAGCAGCAAACCAAAAAUCUGCAGUUUGAGACUCAAACCAAAAUUCUCAUUUUGAGUUUUGCAAUUGGAGUCUCCAAAUUGUUGAGUUUUGAUUUCAGGAUAGUUUUGUGGAGAGAUGAAUUUUUAAUUUUGUUUCAAAUAUUCAAAAAAAUUGUAUUUCAUCAAAAGUCAGAAAAGAUUUUUUUAAACAUGUGUACGGCCAGGGUAUAUUUGUGCUUGUUAGAUAUUCCGAUGAAAGGCCAAGCCAAUUUUGUUGUGUGUCCUCUGUUACUUGUCCUGUGUGAUUUGUUGCUAGCUGUGUCGAUCUCUGUAAACUUAAACUGAUAAUAUGACAGCUACCAACCAAAUAACUUUAUUAUUUCUACAACUUCACCAACUAUACAAAUCCUAUAGAGGUUGAAUACUCUAUAACUAAAACCACAGGUAAAAAACUCACGAGUUCUUAUUGUUUCACUUUAUCAAUGAAGGUAACAUGUGCACAAAUAAAAUUUGAAUGCAGGGUCUAAAUAUUUCCUCACAAAAACAUCAUUUGUUUUAAUUGAUAUUACUUGAUAAUGUGCAAUGAAAAAAAAAGUAUGAAACUUUCUGUUACCUAAUAUAUUAUGUGGGAAAUGUAAGUUUUGUAUAUUGAAAAUCUGUUGUACAAUAAUAAUGAGUUUGCAGAAGAGAGUUGUCAAUAUCUCCUUAAUUUCGAUUAUAUGUCAGCUUUAGUUAUCUUUUUAGAUCUGUCAUAAAUUUUAUUUAGGUACAUCAAAAUAUUUGUUUUUCUUUCUACAUUUGUCUCUUAACAAGUGAUUGCAGACAAGGGAGACUUUUGGAAAUAAUUCUAUAAAGGUCAUUGAGGUAUUGUAUUUAGAUUUUAAUUUAAAAUGAAAAAGGAUGAAAAAUAGACUUUAAGAAGAGGAGCAAAAAUAGACUUUGAGUAAAAAGAAUGAAUGAAAAAAAUACUUUGGUAAUGACUGAAAUGGUUAUAGAUAUAUAUUAUGUAGAAAGUGAAGUAUCCUGUAUGUUUUUUGUCCGACUAGGAUGAUAAUUAUACCACUGUCCGCGACAUUACAUUGUGUUCUUUAUGUAACUGUGAUGAUGGUUAAUCACUGUACAUUUAACAACAUAAAAAAGCUUAUGUGAUAGAAUUCUGUAUUAUAUAUCGAUGGGAAAACCUGAAUAACAAAACAUUGGAGACGAAGAAUUCACCAAGGUAUUACUGGUAAGCAAUUAUUUGAUUGUAUAUACAUACAAACAUAUGUAUGUAAACACCUGGGAGCAUUUUGUUGUUGUUUUACUACCUAUUUUUAUUGUACAAAGAAACUAAUUGAUUUGCAGAUUUUUUUUCUUUUUCCAAUUACAAAAUGUACUUUAAUGGCAUGAAGUUUUGCCUAAUGAAGUACAAGUAUGUAUGGAAAUAAACAAUUACACAUACAUGUUUUUUGUUUUCAAGUACAUUUAUGUAUCUAUUUUGCGAAAAAAAAAAAAAAAAAAAUUAGUUUAUCAUUGAGCUAAAUACUUUUCAAUAUUUUCACAUUCACCAAAAACUUAAUCAUAAACAUUUUUGAUAAAACUAAUCAUCCGGACAAGAACCUUGAGUCCUACUUAGCGAUCUCAUUAUGUGUUAGUCCAUUCCAGCUAGUGCAUUUAUUUUACUGAUGAUAUAUCAAUAAGCAUUAUUUUUUGUUGACCUGGGUAAUGUUUUAUUAUUUGUGAUGCAUUUAUUUAUAACUUUGUUCAAAUUUUCUUUAUUCAAAUUUAAAUGUUCCAGUUGAAUUUUAAUAUUAUAGUACCCCUAUCUUUCAUUAAUGUGAUGGUUGUUUUUCUAUAGAAUUAUGGAACUGAAAACUACCCUGUAUCUAGUCAAUGGUCGGAAACCUUCAAUUGUAGUCUUAUUUCGGGCGUUUAAAGCUUGAUGGAUAACUGUCGAGAACCCAGUAUCACAACCAUUUCAUAUCUCGAAGAAUUACCUUCAUUUGCUCUAUUGAACAUUAAUUUUGUGAACGACGAAAUUUGUGAAUUUUACUUACCAGUUAUUAUGUGAAGGGUAAUAACUGUUCUCUGUACAUUUAAAAGUCUGUGAGGUACCAUUGAGUGUAAACAUUGUAAUGCAUUUUAGUUUUAUCAACAAGCCUCAGUCGUGUGUUAUAGUUUAGAUAAAAUGAGAUCUGGUGAUGUUGUAUUACCAAAAAUAAAUUUCAGACAAACA